UGUGCCGAUUGCAAAUUUGUUUUCUUUUCCGUUAAUUAAUUAAAAAUUGAUUUAACUUUCAACUGCAUUUAUUUAUCCGCCAACAAAAAGGUAUCGUCCACCUAUCGCUGGCUCAUUUGAAUGUGAAAAGAGUAAAUUGCUCCUGCAAACUCCACCGUCGUCGAUCCAAAAUCCAUACCCUCCACUAAACCCCUUCACCGUAUUUCUCUUCCUUCGAUCAUCGUGUAAAAUAAAACACGAAUAUCUCUGUUCGAGCGACCUUCUGUCCCUGUUGAAGUGCUCUGCCGACACCGGUAAACGAUAAACAACCCUUUUAACUUCGUCCGCCUCCUCAUUCUCGACCCCUACCACCAUUGUUCUUCUCCCCUUCGUUCAAGAGGUAUGUUACACCAUUGAAUCCGAACCCCAAUUCACUCUCUUCAAUUGGCCUCUUUCAAUUUCUUCACUGCCUUUCUCCUCCAAAUCUCUCGUUCCCCAUUUUUCUCCUCUUUCCCUUCAUAUGAUUGGGUAACCGAUUGUAGUCUCGAUUCUUCCAAAAUCAGCUACUACCACAUCAUUUUAUUAAUCCCACGUGGACCAAUAAAAGUUGGCGUCACCGGUGCCACACUUUUAAUGGUGGUACGGUAGUAUUGGCCUUGUAUCACUUGUAUUAAAAUAUAACACUUCUAUCACACAUUGAGUGGUGUGGGCUUAAAGACCUUUUUUUUUUUGUUUAGUGUGGCUUAAAGACUUUGAUCCAUUAUGAACUCUUUCUUGUAUCAGUUAUCCAACCCCUAAUCAAAUAAAGCUCAUUUAUGCUAAACGAACAUUUCUAAAGAGCCUAGCUCGCUGAACACCAUGGAGGAGGAGGACGCAAUUCCCAUUUCUAUCAUCUCCUAAGCAAAGAUAGAGCAAUGUUCUUGUGAUCUAUGUUGAAGUUAUAAUUAGUAUAUGUUAUGCCAUUUAAUAUAAAUGGAAAUCAACAUAUUAGUGAUGUUGAUUGUUACUUGUUGCCCUUAAAAGUGUUUAAACAAUACUUACAGCAAAUACAACUGGAAGAAAUGUUUUAGAAUCAUAAGAAUGAUCAAAUCAUGAAUGAUUUAUAAGUGAGGUACUUCAAGAAUGUUAGUCCUCAUAAUGAAUGUAUUUAAAGUUUUCAGAAUAUGAAAAUAUAUCCUUAAAUUUACCUUAAAUUUUGUUUUCCCAUACGACCUAUAUUUUUUCCAUAUAAAUUUAUAACUACCCCACUAGGUAAAAGCAAAAUUUUCAAAAUCACUUGUAUUUACUUUGUAUAUCCUUCAAACAAACAAGUAAUGUAUUGUGUUAUUUGUGUAUAUAUAAUUAUAAAAAUAAAAAAGUAUUGGAAACAAUUGUAGGCCCAUAAUGAUCUGCAGGGCUGCAGCCCAUUGUCAUCCAUACUGGAAAACGACGGGUCGUUUCUUCGUAGCCGUUGCUUACCAUCAUCAUCCCCCUUUCUCGUCUCUUUCUUCUCUGUGAUACGAGAGAGUGAGCUCAGCAUCAGCAGGAUAGUAUAGUGAAGUCUCCUUCGGAUAUCUGGGAAGAGCUCAAGAAGCUUUAGCUGCAAGAAAAACAGUUAGAAGAUGGCGGAUAGCAAAGCAAUCCGAGUGGAGAGCAGAAUUCCCGCGCUCGUUUUUGCGCCACCACGGUUGUUCCGCCCUUCUCAAUUCUUGUCCCGCCCCCGCCAAACCUCCUCUUCGUUUCCGAGUCCUGGCCAUGGAUGUAAAGAGGAGCCCCAAGCGUCUCAAAUACCCCGCUCCUCGCUUCACCAAGGUCUCGAUUUUUCUUCUUCCUGGCUUUCCGCUAUAAUCGCGAUUAAAAUGGGUAGGAGGGCGGUUUGGUUUAUGUGGAAGCUGAGCCUAGUGGAGAGGAUAGCUGGAAGUUAGAUCCCAUCAUUGAGAUUCUGAAGCAGGCCGCCGUUGGUGUCAUUCCCACCGAUACGCUCUGUACGAUUUGAGCAGUUUGGCUUUCCUUGCGAUCGAUCGUUCCUCGUUCAGUGUACUUAGGGUGGCUGAUUUCUAGUCCUCUUUUGAUUAUUAGGUACGCCAUAGUUUGUGAUAUGAAGAUCCCAUCAGCUAUUGAACGUCUUCGUAGGUACUAGUUUUCUCCCUCUUUUGAAAGCGUUCUGAGUUUGGUGGUACCCCUAGCAUUGAAUUUUCAAGGUGGAUGCUUUUAAUUGAAAUGCAGCCUCUCAGCAUCUUAUGCCCCUCUUUGAGUGAUGUAGACAUGUACACGAACUGGUUUCCCUCACGGUGAUGCCCAAGUACACGCGAAUAUCUUCCGAGCUGUUAAGCAUUUUUACCUCGACCUGUGAGUAAGGAUGUAAUCUCUCUUACAGGUUACGGGCAUUUGGGAAGGCAAUGAAGUUCCUCAUUUGGUUAUAUUGGUUAAAUAACUAGAAAGUUUCCAUUACAUUGCAUUCGCAUCCCAAUAGGACGUGCAAAUGGGGCUUGAAUGGGAUUGAUGAUCAUGGCUGGUCUUAAUUCAUCAUUUAUGGUUAUGCAUUUAUGUUAAAGUACACUUUCAUACUGCAAGCAAGGAGUUGCCUAAACGAUGUAUGAGGUAUGGGACUCCAACUGCUAAAUAUGCUGCUGGAAGGAUGUGGGCGUCAGGAUACCGGAUGAUGCCAUUUGCCGACCAAUACUUGAAAAGCUUGACGCACUGCUGAUUUCCACAAGGUUUUUUUGUUCCACUUGAAUUUCCUUCGUUGUUUUGAAGAAACGUAAACUUUGGUUGGAUAAGGGCCUAAAAGAUUCUUGAGUUUUACAAAGAGGUUACAGAAGCAAUUUGAGAUGGAAGCCUGAAAGCUUCCUUACAAUUUCCUGUUCUUUGCAUCAGCGUGAAGGGCCUCAAGGAAAAUGAAUGGUUGUUGGAUCCUGUUGCAGUAGCUGAGGCAUAUGGACCAUAGGUACCAUUUAUCCAUCUGCUUAAGUUUCACCUUCCUCUUAUUCUUUUUUUGGAGUGUUCAACCCAUCUGGCUCGUUGAUGUAGGGACUGGAUUUCAUUGUUGACGGUGGUGUGAGAGUAGUUGAUCAUCCAUUGUGGUUGACAUGACAAGAAUAACCCCAGUAGUCGUACGGCAAGGAAAGGUAACCGAGCUUCUGUGACAAGGAGGAACAGUUCUUUUUUUUCAGGGGAAAAGGAAGGAAGAACAGUUAAUUUUAACUUUGAUGUUAUGUGUACUGAUUUCGUGAAUGGACAAUGCUCAGUGACCUAAACUGCCUUGCGUGGAGUCUGAAGAGGACAGGGAAUCAGUUUUAAAGCCUGAAGAUCUCAUACUUCAUACUACUUAAUAGAUGUAAAUCCUGCUGAAUCUUACUUGCUCGGGACUUUUAUAAAGGCAUUGUACAGCUAAUUCAACAUCUGGUUCAUGGUCCAAGUAAACUGAAAUGUAUAGCUGAGGGAGUAAGGCCUGUCACGAGGACCUCCAUUGUCUUUUCCUGCUAACUUGAUCAAUUGGGUAUGAAUUAUAUUUAACAUAAGAUUUGUGGCCUUUAAUUAUCGUCUUGAAGCUGACCUCUUAUUCAUGGUUCAUCGGUUAGCAACCUCUUCCAUCCAGUUUCUUCCACCUGUUUAUGUCUACCUGUAACUCAUUCUGCCGAUUCAGAACUUCCAAUAUAUUGACAGAUACAAU